UAUAUAUACACCCACCCUCUUCAUGCACAUCAACACGUAGUCACUUGACGUGUCUUUUUACAAGACAAAUAGAAAAUAGUCAAGUUAAUUUGUUUAUUAUACUAUAAAUAAACUGAAUUAAUUAAGCUCAAAAACACUAAAAAUCUAUAUCUGGCUUCAAAGUUGGUCUGCUUCUUGGUUUUAUAUUAUCACUAAAAAUCUAUAUCUGGCAUGAUCACGUGAAGAGCAGGUGGUAUACUACGACGCGAGUACUUGUAUCAGAUUAAACAAGACACAUCAUGUUUUUAUAACCUAUGACACUGGUCGUCUUGCAUGUCUAUCCAAAGCCAAAUGUAAAUAUUUUUACAAACACUUUCAGUUACAUUACUCUUCGAAUCACCUUCUUCUUCUUCUUCUUCUUCUUCUUCUUCUUCUAUAUAUAAAUGUACUUACCUGCUUGCUCCAUAUCAAACACUAUACCAUAUACUAACCAUGAACAUCCUCACGCCCAAACCGAACAGGCUUCUAAUUCCUCUCUUCUUCUUCUUCUUCUUCCUUUCUUUCUUUUCUACUACUUUCGGCUAUUACGAUUUCGAUUCCAAGUCUAAACAACACCUCCAACAAUGCUUCGACAAGUGCACUCAAGAUGUUCAACAAAUUGCCCAGAAAUUAGUUUGUCAAAAGGCAUGCGUGCAGCGAGACUUGGAGAACUACAAGGAAGAAGAAGAAGAAAAAGGAGGAGGAGGAGGCCAACCUUUCCCGGAGAUUAGUCCUCAGGACGAGUACCAGCAAUGCUGGCAAUGGUGUCUUGAUGAGGUAUAUGACGAUCCACGUAAGCUGAAAAAGUGUCAGCAACGCUGCGAUGAAAAACUGAGGAAGCGGGAAGCUGAAGAAGAAGGAGGCAGAGGUGGCGGAACAAAGCCAGAACCGGAACCAGAACGGGAACCGGAACCGAAACACGAAAAGGAACCGGAAAAGAAUCUCCGGCAUUGCCAGAGACGGUGCGUGAGGAGGUACGGAACAGGACAGGAACGGCAAAUAUGCAAAAGAACUUGCCGGAAACAGUAUGAUAAGGAAAAGGGAUACGAAGGUCCUCCCGAUGUAAUUGACAGUUUAGAUAAGGAAGUGCCACCUGGGAAACAAUAUGAACAUUGCCGCAAAAGUUGUCAAAGGCAAUCACAGGAUCAACGACAACUAAAAAAGUGCGAAAGUCAGUGCCAAAAAGAAUCAUCCCAAAAGGAAUUUCAGAGAGAAGAAGAUGAAGAAGAAAAGGAGGAAUUAGAAAGUUGGGAGAGCAACAGCAUGAUAAGCUACAAAGGCGUCCCAGGAGUGAAGUACCAAAAGUGCCAACAAAAAUGCGAGGGACACAAGCAAAGCGAAAGCCCAGAGAUGAAGAUGGAGUGCCAGCAAAAAUGUGAAAAGAAAUACGGAUCAGAUAAGAAACAGAGACAGAGGGGAAAAGAAGAGAAAAUUCAUCGACAGGGACAGGGAGAGAAAGGAAAAGAAACAGAGAAGGAGCAUCAAGAACAGGGAGAAAAGGGAAGUGAAUCUCCGGAGGAGGUAGAGAAUAAGGGAGAGAAGGGAAAAGAAACAAAGAACCCAACAAGAUCAGAAACAGAAGAAGAGCGAAUUCGUAAGAUUCUGAGAAACAACCCUUACUACUUCCCCUCUGAUGGAUCACAGUCCAUGUUCAGGACACAAGAAGGUCAACUAAAGGUGUUUGAUGUGUUGUCAAAGAAGUCAAAUCUUCUUCAAGGCAUUGAAAACUACAGGUUUGCCGUCUUAGAGGCCGGACCUAACACUUUUGUAAUCCCUCACCAUUAUGAUGCUGAAUCUGUUUUGGUCGUAGUCAGAGGAAAAGGGACGAUAAGUCUUGUGUCGCAGAAGGGAAGAGAUUCCUACUACAUUGAAUUUGGGGAUAUAAUCAGAGUUCCUGUAGGGACCACUAUUUACUUAAUUAACCAACAAAAUGAUGAGAAUCUGGAAAUAGCACAGCUCCUCCAGCCUAUAAACAAUCCUGGCCAAUUUAAGGAAUAUUUUGUCGCUGGAGGGCAUUACCCUCAAUCAUAUUACAGGGCCUUUAGCACUCACCUUCUUUAUCAAAUUCUGAAUGUUUCAAGAGACCAGGUCGAUAGGUUUCUUGGACAGGAGAGUCGGGGGAAGUGGCAGGGACUGAGACAAGCCAUUGCCAUAAAAGCUUCACAAGAGCAGCUAAGAGCUUUAAGUCACCAUGAAUAUUCUACUUCAUCAGUGCAAAUUAUAAACAGUAAUUCUAAAGGUCCAAUCCGUCUUAGAAACAAGAAGCCCUUCUACUCCAAUGAGUUCGGAAAGAUCUUAGAGGCGAACCCAGAUGAGCACAGACAAAUCAGAGACUUGGAUGUCUUUGUUCAUCUCGUUGAAAUAAAAAAAGGAGCAAUUAUGGUGCCGCACCAUCAUUCAAGGUCUACUUUGGUGGGUCUGGUUGUAGAAGGAAGUGGGCAUUUCGAAAUGGUUUGCCCACAUUUCUCAAGCCAUGGAGGGGAUGAUGAUGAUGAUGGUAAUGAGGAAAAAAAUAACCGGUUACAGGUGAACAGAGCUGUAUUCUCACCUGGUGAUGUUUUUGUAGUCGCGGCAGGUCAUCCAAUCUCUUAUAUCCCGGACCCAUAUCAGAAUUUGACAAUCUUGGAGUUCGGAAUCAACGGCCUGAACAACCACAGAAACUUCAUUGCAGGGAGAGAUAGCAUUGUGAUGAAGAUGGAAAGAGCAGCUAAGGAGUUGGCAUUCAAUGUAGAAGGAGAAGAGGUGGAGCAGAUAUUCGGCAGCCAAAAACUGUCUUACUUUGUGCCAAAACUAGAAACCGAGCAAGAGGAAUUGCAAGGUGGAAAGUAAGACCACCGGCUUUCGGUUCCAAUUUUGGAUUUUGUGGCGGAUUUGUUCUGAAAAAAAAGUAUGGAAAGUGGCUAUAGUUAUUAGUUUUCUCUGUGUAACGUAACCUUGUAGUAAUGUAGAGUGAGCUUGCGUAAAAGAAAGCUCUGCUUAGCUUUCUAUUCUAUGAAUAAAUAACCGUGUUUCUAACUCUUUAAUAAAAA